CAAUGAGCAGAUCUCCAGCCCCAACGCAGGGUGGUUUUAAAAACGCUCUAGGAUAGUGGUCCAUGCUGCAUCCAGCAUCUCAAAUCUGACAGCGGUCAGUCAAGUGCCAUGGUAGAGCAAUCUUUUCUAGGUCGGGGCUCACCGCCUGGUGGUGUAACCGUUCCAAGUAGGCCCUUAGCAGGAUGCUAACUACUGGAUGCGUCGUCGGGCCCAACCCUGCUCAGUCUUCCUCAUUUGGCCCAGCUUGCUAUGUAGCCCAAGCCGGCCUUGAACUCACGGUGAUGCUCCUGCCGCAGCCCUCACUCUCUCGCUCUGUUGGCAGGAUUUCGUACGACCCUGCUCGCUUCCCGAGGUACCUGCCUGAGGCCUACUGCCUGUGCCGCGGCUGCCUGACCGGGCUCUUCGGUGAGGAGGACUUCCGCUUCCGCAGUGCCCCUGUCUACUCCCCUGCGGUAGUGCUGCGCCGCACGGCGGCCUGCGCCGGGGGCCGCUCAGUCUACGCCGAACAUUAUGUCACCAUUCCGGUGGGCUGCACCUGCGUGCCCGAGCCCGACAAGGCCUCGGACAGCGCCAACUCCAGCAUGGACAAGCCGGGAGCCAAGCUGCUGCUCGGGCCCAGCGACAGGCCAGCGGGGCGCUGAUGCAGGGACUGGCACCACCCAGCUUCCUGCGAGCAUCUGUUCCCCCAACACCACCCCCCACCCCAACCACUGCCCACUGUUUCUUAAAGGACAGCUACAUAAGCUUUAAAUAUAUUUGUAUUUUUCAGAGUAGACACUACAUACCUAAGGCUAUUUUGAAUAGAGGCAGAAACUAUUUUCAUAUUAGUAAUUUAGCUCAAGCAUGUUAUUUUUAAAACUUCCUUGACAUACAAGCGAAUUAUAAACAUCCGCUUUCCUCUAAUAGGAUUCUUUCCACCGUAAUUGUGGUGUGCAGAUGAACUUUUAGGUGAUAUUGUGCCCUGUCUCUGAGUUCAGCCUGUUGCCAAGGCUCACCAAGGUGAAAUGGGUGCUCCAAAUCUAUGCCCUGAAGGCCUCUCAGGUCAAUAGAGAGAGGGAUUUGAGGGGCCUCCAGGUUCCAGAAACCAAACUCUCCUCCUUUGUUCUUUAGCAUAUGGAUGAUCUCAACUUUAUCACAGUUUUGUUUUGGUGUUGUUCUUCCACUUUUGGAAGCCACUGGUCUCAAUUUAUGGCAGGAGGUGGAAUGUGAUAUCUUAGCCAGUUCUCAGGGAGCUCCAAGCACACAGCUUGGGCUUUUGGAUCAAGCCAAGCCUGAGGAGGAAGAGGGAGGGCCCAGUCUCCAGCAUGUGGAGGCCUCACUCUGGGUAUUAAACUGUGAGCUAAAUCCUUACUCUCGUGUACGUGAGAAGUCUCCCCUGAGUAUAUUUGUAGAAGUUCUUUCUAAUUCACUAAAAUAAUGCUAGCUGAAGGGUAUGCUGGCCAUGUGCAUUUCAUUUCUUUCCAGAGUCUGCUUAGGUGAAUUUGUUUGGAGUGUUGGGAGGAAACCCAAACCCUUGGAAAUUUGAAGUAGGAUCUCUUCCAGUGAGCCACACCCUCUCCUGACUCACUUUCAGGGAAAAAAAAAAAAAAAAAAAAAAAAAAAAAAGAGAGCCUCACAGAGGUCCUUAGGCCACUGGGGAUGUACCCAAUGGGACCCAUCUCCUUCACUUACCCUAUACCAGUUUUGCCUGUCACGUGCUCCUUGGUGCCACUAUCUGGAAAACCUACCAAGGACCCGAAACAGUGAGUCCCCCUGACCUUAAGUUGGAACCUUCAGAAUGGUGAGCCCAGGGACAAAUUUUCCCAGAUCAUCUCAGGCACUGUGCUAUAACAAUAGGAAGCUAGCCCAGUGUCUCUGGAAUACAUGCUCGACUCCUGUCACCAAGCUCCUGGGCAACAACUGUGGACAAGACAAAAGUGCUUUUCUUAAACUAAGACAAGAGCACACCUUUAAUGCCAGCACUUGGAAGGCAGAGGCAGGGCAAUCUCUGUGAGCUCAAGGCCAGCCUGGUCUACAAAGAGUUCCAGGACAGCCAGGACUAUUACACAGAGAAACCCUGUCUAGAACCCCUCCCCACCACAAAAAAAAAAAAAAGAAAGAAACAAUGUUCAAAUAGAGGAUUUACAGCCGCUUGAGCUCAGUGGCCUUUACUCUACUUAGCAUCUUACUUCACACAGUGAACAUGGCUGCACAGGUCUGCCAGGCAGGUUUGUUCCGAGGCUUUGUGGUAGAGCAGGGCCUGAUACUGAAGGCACCAUAUCUGCUUCCUCGGCCCCCAGAAAUUUUUCUUGGUGCAUGUUUCCAACAAAGAAAUUCUGUCAUGAGGACUCUGUGGCAUUGCUUGGCAUGGAGGUAGGUAUUCUGCAGGCUACCAAAGAUCUUUUUAUAAUCACGUGCUGGGACAGUUCUGUCUUGCCCUAUGUGUCAAUUAUGGUCAACAGAGAUCUAAAAAUAUUAAAUGAAAAACUCCAGACGUAA